AUGACCGAGGACAAACAACUUUUCUUAUUCGGACACACGCUUCCUGGGAACGAGAAUCUUUUGCUCGAAAGGAUUAAAGAAUGUGCAGAGAAACGAAAUAAAGGCUAUUGCUCUACUUCGCCUGGAUGUACUGUUCUUCGAAAAAUUCCAGCUGAAGAUGUUUUGCAAGUUACUGCUGGGCAUAAUUAUGUUGCCUUUCUGCUCAAGGAUCAUCGAGUCGCUCGUCUUCGUUAUGAGAUUGUUGCCAACACUAUUGAAUCUACCGCCCCAACAGACAAAAAUGAAUCUGGCCCUGGUUCAUCAACAGCUCCAGCUACCACCACUGCUGGUUCCUCUGAUCCAGCGUCAGCUUCUGCGAAUGCUGCUGCAAAUGCCGCAAAUCGGACAGCCAAGAUUAGGCGAAUUAUGAUGACGCGCCCAGGGACUCGUUCUGGCGGAUUUUGCCGCACUGGAGUUGUGAUUGAUAGAAACCGUUCUCGACCAAUGAUUCCUGCCUCUUCCGUUCCAGAGGAUUUAAUCGUGCAAUGCCAGGUUGUUUUACAAGGCAAAUCUCGUGAUGUGAUCGUUCGCGAGUUACAACGCACUAACUUAAAUGUCAACGAGGCAGUCAAUAAUUUACUUUCUCGCGACGAUGAUGAAAUGGAUGAUUUGGAUGACACAAGUGAGGCCUAUUUACACGAAGAGUUGCUAUCGUUGCUCGAUGCUGGUCUUCGUUCCGAUGGAAGUGGUGCCGCAGCAGCCGCUUUACUUGAUAGCGACAGCAUUUAUUCGGCUGGAGAUGGCUACGAAUACUUGAUUUCGCGUGAUUUGGCUAGACGCAAGGGUGAAGACAAAACAAAAGACCAAAACAAGGAAAAUGCGGACAGUUCUUCAACAAUCCAGGAACAUUUCUUCCUCGGUGAGCGCUAUACUUACUGGGGCUUAAAUGGCAAUGAUGUUGCUGAUGGUUCAACAAAAUUCCAAUUUCCUGAUGACGUUACAAAAUUCGUAAAAAUUGUCUCUAUGCAAUCUGAACUUAUUGCGCUUGCUGACAAUGGAAAGAUUUAUGGUUGGAGUUGGGAGAUUGAUUCUAAGCCUGACAAUUCUCCACAUGUUGCAAACGACAUCCUUUUUUCAUCCAUAGAUAUAGAAGGAGAAGGUGAGGCUGACUCCAUCUCUAACAUCGAAUCUAGUGGUCUUCGCACAGCAGUACUUUCCAAAAAUGGCCUUGUUGGAUCAUUUGUGGACAUCUCAUGUGGCAAUAGACUUGGCCGUAUACUUUCUGAAACGCCUAUUGAGAUGCCUGAACCAGUCGACAAGUUGCUCUGCUGCACGCUUUAUAGUGCUGUUUUGACAAAAAAUGGGAAUAUAUUUUGGAGAGGAAUCUAUCCGUUUAAUGAGCGCAGGAAGAUUUGGGAAAAAAUACGCGCCCGCAAAAAACAAGUCACUUUUGAAUCGUGUGGGUCCGAGAUUGUUGUUGGAAGCGAGGUACGUACAAAAUCUACUCCAAUUUAUUCAUUUGGUUCAAUUGCUGUCAACUUUAGUCAAGGAAUUCCAAUGGAUGCAUGGACUUUGAAUGAGACUUGUCGUUUCCGUGUCUUUGGAAGUGCGAAUGCUUACGACAACUAUAAUGGUGAGAAACUUCAACAACAAAAGGAGAAACGUGUUUCAUUCAAUUUAGCUGGCAAUCGUAAAAGAAAUGCUCCUUCAGCGCAAGCCGAGAACGAACAACGACAAUCAUCAACAACUGCUCAGCCCUUAUCCGGUUCUGGUUCAACCUCAGCAAACAAUAGUUCUGAUUUUGCUGGAAAAGAGAGUGCAUGGAACCUGAAAGAUUGCAUAUUUAUUCAUGAAGAGGCUGUUAAUGAUACAAGCAUUGUUAAAAUUGUUGAUGGUGCUUAUUGUGGAAUUGUUUUCAAAUCUACAAUGGAAAAACUUGAAUCUGAACCAUCCACAGAUUUAAGCAAAAUGGGCAUUAGACUCAUGCGCAAAGAUGAUUUAGUUCUAGUUUCUUCCUCAUCGCGUGGUUCAAGAUCUCCAGAAAAUUUUCAAAUGCAAUUUAAACAAAUUCGUCUACCAUCCUCUGUUAAACAAGUUUUAUCUGUUGCAGUUGAUUUGACAGGAUUUCGUGUUUUAUGUGAAAAACAGUCACGUGUCCAUUUACUGCGGAUUAGUUGUGUUGGCAAACUUUUAAGUGAUCAUCCUAUCCCAGUCAAUUUUGGAGCAUUAACACAAAAUAAAAAAGAUGACUCCUAUGAAUGUAUGACUACAGUUCAAAACUUUGGGGAUGAAUCAAUUUUACUGUUAAAUGAUGGCUUUGGUGGCGGCUUUCAACCUCUUUUACGGAACAUAUCUGGUGGAUACAAACAAUUAUCUUAUACUGGUCUAGGCCGAAUUCUUCAAUAUGGAAUGGGUAUAAGAUAUUUUGCAUCGUCUGGUGAAAUAAAGAGUGCAAGUAUAUGUUCGGAACAAAUUAGCGUUGACAAGAAGAACAACAGCUUGAAUAAAAACGCCAAUCGUAUUCUAUUGAUGGUUGCUUUAGUUUCUCCGAGCCCUGAAUGUACACUUCCUGAUCAUGGAUCGCUUAUGCAGGCCAUACUUUUCUGUCAAUUGGACGUCGUUAUUGCUAUUCUCAAAAAGCUUUUAAAUUCCCCAAUUGAAAGUCAGCCUGCUAUCGUUUGUGAACAAAUUGAAGGGAAUCGAAAUAUUUUCCAUGUUGCCGUUCAAAAUGCUUACAGCAGAACAAAUGCUGACCAAGCUGAUGUUGAUGCUACUGAUUCACGUUUAUCAACAGCCUCUCAAAAAUCUGACACUGUCGAGGCGGAUGCUGUUAAGACACGUUAUGAACGCAAAUGGCAAGAAAUGAUAAGUUCAGCACCAACAACACGAGCAAAAGCGCAUCAACAACAGCAACUUUUAAACGAACUAACUUCUGAAAUUAAAAAAGAUUCUUCCCCUGAAACGGGCAAAGAUGAGCCGGAAAGUGCUGAAUCAUCUGAUCUUAUCAAUAAAAGGAUUCCUAUAGCUGCCAAGGAAAGACAAGCCAAUUCAAUUGAAAUAAUUCGUGAAUUGUGCAAAAACUCCGUAGUACGUGAAUAUUUUAUUGAUUUAAUGCGACAACGUGACAUCAAUGGGCAUAGUCCAUUUGAGACUGCGAUAUAUCAGCGAGCGUAUUCAGCUGCCCAAUUGAUGUGGCAAACUGCAAUUGAUGUUAAGGACUGGAGUCAAGGUUAUUUUUGA